AGUAUCUCGUAGGUCAUUUGGAUAAAAUACAAAUGUGUGCUAUAAUACUGUGACACAGAAGCCUUCGUAUCACAACUCUUCUAACUCUGCCUUUGAUACUAUCAGAGGCCUCACCUGACAAGACUUCGCAAGCCCUUCCAUGAACUCCUCGAGAGUGCCAAGCAAGAUUACGAACUUGAACAGCUGCCUUAAUUAGCAAGAUGACAUAAGCCUCCGUGCUAAUGCCACGAGUCGCGGACACCUUCUGCCACAUUCUGCCAUCGCCCAAAUUCCCCCGCCGCCGCACGGACGUCAGCCACAGGUUUAGCCACAGCGCAUAUUGACGAGCGCAAUCCAAUCCCAAUAAAUUCUGAACAAAAAAAUCAGGAUCAUCUUAAGUUUGAAACGGCUGAUCUAGUGCAGCGCACCAUCCAAGAUGGUUCGACAAGCAAAACAGACACCGGAACAAAAAAAAGAGUCACAGAAGAGAAAGACGACUCAGAAGAAAAAGGUGACAGAGACUGGAGUGUGGCCAUGCAAAAUCGAUGGUUGCAACAAGCAGUUUGCUCGGGAGGCCGAUCUGAAACGGCAUCAGCGAACUACCAAAUUACACUCCGUGCCAGGAUUUGCAUGUCCGCAAUGUGAUGCUACGUUUACACGAACUGAUGCAUUACGGAGGCAUCAGAAGUCCAGGCAUGGACAUAUAUUGAGUAGAAGAAGAAAAGUAGUACCUGAGCCCCGGGCAUCAGGGUCUCAAUCUCACAGCCGAAGUCCAUCGCCGUCAUCGAAAGGUGCAGAUAAUCCAACCGAUGGCGCUCCACCCCCUCUUGGUACUCUUGGCGCAUACAUGGCACCACCCCUUGGAGUAAUCGUUGAAGGUCAAUAUCCUCCUAACGUUGGACUCCCAACAUCAUCGGCUCGAUUACACCAGGCAACAUGGCCCCCAAGCGCCUGGAUUCCUGACGGGUCGCAACCACCACCUAUUCCGCCUAUAGGCUAUCCGCAUCCUUCAUACUAUGCAUACUAUCGUGGAAUGCCUCACCCUCCACCGCCCUCUGACCUCAUGGCUCAUCUACAAAACGGUGUCCAGCCGCACUCUCCCUCGCCCUGUGAUGACUCAUCGAGCACUAGUAGUCCUACAAGGACGAGUAUGCACAGUGGCGGCGACCCCUCUGCGUCGGGAACAGGGAACUUCCAUGGGAAUGAAGCAAGAUCUCCUGUCAUCGACCCUUCGCUAGACAUCUCACCAGUGUCACCAGCUGCAAACCAUAAAGCAUCUUUUAAGGUCAAUCAACCCGCUGUAGAAGUCGUCUUGUCAUCGACAGAAAGAGAGCCAUCACGUGCACCGGAUAUCAUACACUCACCCAGUCAUGUGGACCCUCGAUCGGUAUCACACCAUUCUAGCUCGGCUUCUACCGGAGGUAGCAUCGAACGAAACGAAACAUCAAGAGAACUCACGUCCAGUCACGAUAUAGAACCACCUGAACUAUUUUAUGCUACCCAAUCGCCACCCCAUACUCACACUUUCGAGCGUCCACCUGAAAUGGAACACAUGCUCACAGAAGAUGGAGAGCCUAUGCUGAAUCCAGAAUCUAAUGUGUAUGAUCUGAUGCUGGACCUACUGAACCAGGAAUCCCUCGCAUCUCCACCUCCAUCUUUAUAACAGUCAUACUCUAGAUUAUUGAUGUUAUUCCUCGCUGUUUUUUUACAUGCAUUACCUUACUGUACUCACGCAUACACAGCUUGUCUUCCAUGCAUAACAUUGGAGCUUUUUGUAAC